AAUCUAUUAAAGGACAACCCCCAGUGACAGAAAGGUAAACAGGUCUGCACCUGCUUCGUGUUUUAACAUUCAAAACGUUUCUUAUCUGUCACAUGUUCCAGUUUUCAGAUGCAUUUUGCCGCGCGUAAAACCAUGUGAGCAACAUGUUUAGUUUAGAAAACGCGAUUCUUUGUCGAAAUUUAGUCGAGACCGUGACCUUAUACCAAAAUGGCAAACCAUGAGCGGAACAAAAAUAUUUUACUGGAAUUUAUAAAGCUGCCGGACAACAGCCGGUGCGCGGACUGCGGGGCUCCUGAUCCAGAGUGGGCUUCCUCCACGCUGGGUGUGUUUGUGUGUCUGAACUGCUCUGGCAUCCACCGCAGCCUGUCCAGCCGGGUCAAAUCCAUAAAGCUGGACUUCUGGGAUGAUAAGAUGGUAGAGUUCAUGAAGUCCAAUGGCAAUGCCAAAAACCAAGCUUUGUACGAGAAAGCUGUUCCACCAUACUACUAUCAGCCCAAGGAAAGUGACUGUGUCGUCUUAAAAGAGCAGUGGAUUCGGGCUAAAUAUGAAAGGAUGGAAUUCACAGGAGAAACCAAGUAUCCACCACUAUCUUACACCACAGGUUUCUAUGAAGGGAUGCUUUGGAAGAAAGGGAAAGGGAACACACAGUUUCUGAAGAGGAAGUUCGUACUGUCAGAGAGAGAAUUUACUCUGACCUACUACAACAAGGAAAAUGAGUCCAAAGGCCCUAAAGCUUUAAUCUCCAUCAAGGACAUAAAUGCCACUUUCCAACCAGAGAAGAUUGGUCAUCCCAAUGGGCUGCAGAUCACCUACCAAGACGACGAUCACACCAGGAACCUCUAUGUCUAUCACGAGAGUCCUCAGGAAAUAGUGACAUGGUACAAUGCUAUUCGUGCUGCUCGCUAUGCAUACCUGAGGACAGCGUACCCCACUGGAAGGGAUGCAGAACUGAUACCAAAGAUAACAAGAAACUACCUCAAAGAGGGCUACAUGGAAAAGACAGGGCCAUUGCAAAAUGAGCCAUUCAAAAAGAGGUGGUUUGUUUUGGACUCUCAAAACAGGAAGCUCUUCUACUUCAAAGGCCAGCUGGAUGCAGAGGAGUUAGGGGUGGUUUUCAUCGGCACAGAGAAGAAAGGUUACGCUGUGAAGGAGUGUGUCCCAAAGCAUGCUCAGGGAAACAAGUGGAAGUGGGGUGUCAUGGUGGAGACGCCCAAGCGACAGUUUGUCUUCAUGUGCGAGCAGGACAGGGAGCAGAAGGAGUGGCUGGACGCCCUCAAACAGGUCCUGUCCAGACCCAUGUCUCCACUGCACCAUUGAAGCCAACAUCAAGUAUAAAAGAUGAACUACAGACAUGUAUGUGAACAGAAUCUCAGGAGGAAGACUGCAGGGUUUUAAAUCACUUUCAAAUACUGCAGUGAUCUGCUGUACCUGGGCCGUAUCAGCACUGAUUUAUUGCUCUGUAGAACUAGUGUCACUUGUUAUGACCCUGGGUCAUUAUUUCAUUUGUGUGCGGAUAUUUUUCCCUCCUCCUGUGAGAGUCUGUGUGGCUGUGUGUGUGUGUGAGUGAGCAGGUGGUGCCCGUUAGCUGAUUGGCUGCCUUCGACAGGCUGAUUGGUCCACCUGAAGAGACAGGAGCAUUUAAGCUGCAGCCACCAGUUCCUCUGCCCUCUCUCUCAUCGACCUCUCCUACUCCCAACUCCGUGUCUGUUGUAGAAAACCUGAUCUAUUGUUCUGUGUGGUUAAAUCGAAUGAUUACCGGUCCUUUUGUACAUUUUGGUAUCUUUGUAAAGAUAAGCUAAUUUAAUCUGUCUUGAAAGACACUCUUUGCUUUGCCCAGGAGUGCGAAACCCUUUUCUUUUGUUCAAAUCCUGUUUUCUCCUGUUUUUUCGUUAGGUUAGGUAAGAAGCCUGUAUUUUAUUUUACUUAUUUUGUUAGGCAAGAUUUAUGUAUGCCCAGGGUUAUUUGUUUAUGUGGGUCGUCUCGCCUCCUUUAAAAACAAACAGGUAAUUAAAAUGACCAAAGGCA